GAUUUUCAAGAUCACAUUUUGGCGAAUCUGUAGACCCAUGUUUAAGCUAUAACAAAAACAGGAGCAGGUGAUUUGACUGAUUUGGACACAUUAAGCUGGAGGAGAAGUACGUGGUUUAAGUCUGACGUGCAAUGAAAUUAUUCAGAGCUCUGCUGGUUUUCAUCCAUUAAAAAUUGAAUGCAUCUGGCAUUCCAGGUGUAAAUCUGAAUGUGUCCCUGAUCUGACCGAUGGACAUGAUGAAAACCAAGCUGUGGUACUUCACCCACUGAAGGUUAAUAAAAAUCAGCUGAUGCGGUGUCUGGUUACUUAAAAUCUGCCUCAUUUGACCAUAGGCGUACCGCGUACGUGGGCGCACGCACGUCUCCUUCGAUUACGGUAAACUGAAGUAGCAACCUGCCUUACGAAUUUCUGCUUCUAGUCGAUAACUAAUGCUAUUAGUUCAUGCAUGCUGUAGCCUGUGCCUGUGUUUUUCAGGUCGUUAUGUAACUGGGCUUCAUCCUCCCUCUUUUGUUGUCAAACAGGGAGGUCUGACGUCAUCACCUAGCUCCGGGAAGAUCUGAGCGGCUCGCGGUCGCCUCUUCCAGACCAGCUAAGGGACGAAAACAAACGGCAGCGGUGCCUUGGCUCAGCUAACCGCUUGCUGACGGACGGGGCAGAAGGCGACACGAGUCAGCUGUACUAUCGCACGUCUGAAUGUGUGCAGAUAAGGUAGUGCACGUUUUGCACUGACUUGAACCUUUUAUGCAACCCGCCCUGCUCACCAGGCACGACCAUGUCUGACACUGCUAACACUACUUCCACAGACAACAACGGAGACUCCGGGCUAAACGGUUCCUGGGUGGAGCUGGAGAUGAACAGAGGUGCAGCCGACUUGUCCCAGUCAUCCUCCACAGGCGGCCUGGCCCCAGCCCUCCUGCCACUCACUCAGGUGGAGGAGGAAGAGGAGGCCAUGGUGGGGGGGUUAGAGCAUGUCCCAUCCUCGUCCUCAAUCCACAAUGGAGAUAUGGAGAAAAUCCUGUUGGACGCCCAGCACGAGUCGAGCCGCAGCAACUCCUCCUGCAAUAGCCCUCCUCGGCCUCACAGUCCCCAGGAUGAUGGACAGAUCAUCUUUGACGUGGACGCGACUGCCAGGAGGGACAGCCAAUCAGAAGAGGAUGUCUUGGACAAGGAGAGGGAUAUGGACAUCCUGAUGAAGGACUCAGAUUGGGUUGCUGACUGGUCUAGUCGACCGGAAAACAUUCCCCCCAAGGAGUUUCACUUCCGUCACCCCCGACGCUCUGUAACCCUCAGCAUGAGGAAGACUGGGGCCAUGAAGAAAGGAGGCAUCUUCUCUGCUGAGUUCCUGAAAGUCUUCAUCCCCUCGCUGCUACUGUCACAUAUCCUCGCUCUGGGGCUGGGAGUCUACAUUGGAAAGAGGUUGACCACGCCACCAGCCAGCUCUUUCUGAACCUGAAACAGAAGAAAAGUGCCUGAGAAGCGGCCAUCAGUUGCCAGAGAAAAUGUUGCUGUCGUGAGAAGAUUGCCUGCCCCCGCUUCCCCUCCUUGUCCCUGAGAUUUGAUAUGUUCUCAGGAGAAAUGCACCCCUCUCCCCUCCUUCUCCCACCCUUUGUUCUUGAUUGGCUGUUCUUUGACCGUCUGUAGGUUUCUCCCCUCGCCCCCUUAUCUCCUUCACUCAUUUGUACAAGCUUUUCAAAGAAUGAAUAAGGUCAUAUUACCCUUUCCCCAGUAACUGGGUUCAAGUGUUUAUAGUGGGUAGGUUUUCAGGGAGGGUCGCAGCAUUAAACCAAACUCUUCUACCAUGCACGCUCUUCUAGUGUGCUUUGAUCAUCUGAAACAAGGGAGAACUGACCACAGAUUGUGCCACCUACAUGUGUAGCCCAACAUUCUCACGGCUCCAACCAAAUUCAACCAGCUAUGCGAACUGCAAAUAUGAUCAUGCCUUUUGAAAGUAGCCAUUUUGAUUAUCUUUUUUUUUUUUAAGGUAAUAUUGUCUUUUAUUUAUUUAUUUUACAACUAGCUGUUUAUCAAGGCAUUGUAUUAAUGAAUGAAGUGGCCAUUUCAAAUCACAAGCACUCUUGAAUGCACUGAGGAAGUCUGGCUCUGUCUGCCUGAAGAAAGAUUUAAAAGAUGAAAACUAGAAAUUGAAAUGAUAUUCUGCCACUGAACUAAUAUUUUGCAAAGUGACAGUAAUUGGAAACCAGGAUGUAGUGUGCUGCAGGCAGACUGGGUCUCCCUCUCUGUGCCUAUACCAACGGUAUUUCUGUGGCUGGGUUUUGGGAGAGAGUGCUGUGUGGUCCAGGAAGAUUUUAGUCAUCUGUCCAAACUGUUUGUGUCCAUGUUGUCCUUCCAGUGAGUCACUUGGUUUGUCUGCAUCCUAUCUUACUUUAGAUUGGGCCAGAUAUUACAUGGUCCUGUGCUCAUUGUUUGAUAUUAGAGUGGAAUUUAAGUGAUCAGAAAAGAUCCGGUACCAAAAAAAUUGAAAAUAUGAUUGAUAGUCAUUUAAUUAAAAAUGUAGUCGUUUGAAUUGACCUUUAUACAAGGAUCGGGAGUUUUUUAUUUUAGAGGAAUGAUUUAUUAUCUAGUGGAAAAAAUGUCCAAUAGUAGCCUAAGAAAACAAGAAGAAGUUGCAGGUGAAGGGAACAGAGUCCAGGGUAGCUCUGAGUUUGGACAGACUGAAGGUACCUGGUGAUCAUUUUUGCAGUUCUCUCUUUGAGUGACAGAUGUGCAUCAAGUUCUAAUAAGCUGAAGGGAGGAUGGGUUUAAACACAGGCAGUUGGUUAGCAUGUUCAGUAAGGUCAUGUAAACAUAUGGCGUCAUUGAAAGCCUUGAUAUCAGACAUUGACUAUACUGUGGUAUCUCUGAGGCUGUGAUCUGUUCUUUGAGUCAACUCUUCAUAACCAGAACUGGUUUAAGUAGCUUUAUGGAUCGAAAAGGUCAGCUCUCAUCGAACAGCAGAU